UCAACAUCGUCAUACGUCAGUAUGCACGACACGUCAAACAUCUCCAGGGGAGUGUGGGCAGGGCACUGCUUCGACAUCACAACGUGGGCGAGACAUGCGGACGAGACGCGGGGAGCGGAGUGGAAAGAUGUGAGCGAGGAGGUUGCGAGUGAGAUUGCGGGUAUUUGGGAGGCGGAAUACGGCCCGGAUUGGCGUGAGACCGUCUGCAACCUCUGGUAUCAGACUUACGGGCGAUAGACUAUGGCAAGGCCGGUGUUGCGUCUGGGCAUUGGUGGCUGGGAAGCAGCUGCCUGCUGCAUGCGCUGUUCAUUUUACGCUACUCAGUUGAGAGAUAUACAUAUGCCGCUGCUCCCACGAGUUCUCGGCCCAGAUCAUCCUCAACGGUUCUCGAAACCAAUCCGGCUCAAGACGUCUCGG